AUGUGCUGCUGGCGCGGGGGGAUGAUGCUGGCGGGGCCACAGCUGGUGGCGGGGCCGGCGGCGCCGGGCGGGGAGCGGGCCCGGCUGCUCUCGCUCUACGUGCAGGACUACCUGGAGUGCGUGGAGUCUCUGCCGCUGGACAUCCAGCGCAACGCCUCGCUGCUGCGGGAGAUGGACACGCAGUGCCAAGAAGCGCUAAAAGAAAUAGAUGAUGUCUAUGAAAAAUACAAGUCAGAAAACGAUCCCGUUCAGAAGAAACGCUUGCAGCAGCAUCUUCAGCGUGCAUUAAUCAACAGUCAAGAACUUGGAGAUGAAAAAAUUCAAAUAGUUACUCAGAUGCUAGAACUGGUAGAGAACAGAGCCCGUCAAAUGGAGACGCACUCUCAGUGUUUCCAAGAGCUGUCUGAGAACGAAAAGCCUCUAGAAAAGGCCAAGGUGGAGUCGUGCCAGCCUGAGAGAUCCUCGCGCAGGCCCCGCCGGCAGCGCACCAGCGAGAGCCGCGACCUGUGCCACAUAGCCAACGGCAUCGACGACUGCGACGACCAGCCGCCCAAAGAGAAACGAUCAAAAUCUUCCAAGAAGAAAAAACGCUCCAAAGCCAAACAGGAGAGAGAGGUUUCACCUGUGGAAUUUGUAAUUGAUCCCAAUGAACCGACUUACUGCUUAUGCAGCCAAGUGUCUUACGGCGAGAUGAUAGGAUGUGACAAUGAACAGUGCCCUAUUGAGUGGUUCCACUUUUCCUGCGUUGGACUGACGUACAAACCGAAGGGGAAGUGGUACUGCCCCAAGUGCAGAGGAGACAAUGAGAAAACGAUGGACAAAUGUACUGACAAAUCAAAAAAAGAUAGGAGGUCGAGGUAGUGAAAGCAAUUUAUGUUUUAAAGAGUUGCUCCUUUUAUAUUAAAAUGUUUCAUUUCCACAGAACAUUGUUUUAGGAAAUGCAUAAGACUAUGCAAUAAUUUUUAAUCUAUAAUAUUAAUAUUAAAAACUGUUAUACCUUCUGUGAUCUUUAACUUUCUGCACUGAAUAACCAAAUAAUUGAAACAGGGUGGCUUCAGACCUUUCACAGAAGACGUUGCAAGCAGAUGACGCUUGGUUCCAAUUUGCUUUAGUAUUUUAAAGAACCUUGUGAAUCCUGAAAUAAUGGUGGUGGGAAAGAUACUGAAGAACUUCUCAUGUUAUGGUAAAGGGGUUGAAAGGCCUCAUAUCUCUGCUAGCAUCUUAACAACUGAGUUUAUCCCAAGUUUUACAUUUUCAGUUUUUGUGUUAACAUCACAUGUUUGGAGUUAGGGGUUUUAAAUUCAGCUGUAACUGUAAAAGUCUUCCGAGCUAUAAGCAGACCUCUCCAGUGACUUUCACAUGAACAGUAUGUUAUUGCAAGGAAGAAAAUACCACUAACUUAAACUUUUCUUUUUUGCCAACAUUAAACUCUUGUCUUUGUGACUAUACUUGGGAGUCAGUUUUUGGGUAUGAUAUAACUAUGGUGUAUACUCAGUUUUUCAUAAUAGGUUUUGUCAAGCAUCCUGAUGUGAUCUUUAUCACUAAACAUGAUCUCUCUGUAAGCCUUGAAGUGGUAGGAUCCCUUGAGAGGAGGGCAUAUUAACAUUUCAGGGAACAGGAACUGGAAAUGUGAUGGAAUCUUCAUUAUAAUCCAUCUGUUGAGAGCUGAAUCAUGACUGGUAUUCUCUGGGGUGUAAACUUUGCUCUUCCUCAAGUAGGAUUUGUGUGUGCAUGUGGCCAGACCUGGGUUUAGGCACAGCACCAAAAUUCUUGCACUUGGGCAACUACCUUAAAAGCCUGAAGGCAGAAGCUUUCAAUAAAAAGUUGAUAGAUACAAACUAACAAAACAUAAGCAUGCAUGGCACAGAGCCAAUAGACAAAUCCCAGCAGGUUUCUGACAGGUGAUGUAAGAGCUUUGUCCUGAAGUAUGGUGGUAGUAUCUAAACACUACUUGGGUGGUAGUUAAAAGUGAACUUCCUCACCCCCAUGCCUUAAAGGAGGUGAAAAAAAGAGAUGAGAACAGCUGUUGCUGCUCCUUUGCAAUGGGAGAUGCUAAUGGAGAGGUGAGUGGGCACCAAAGCUCAGUCCUAGGGUUCCUGCUCAGCAGUGCUCUUGAGACUGGGAUUGGGGUGGGCUUGGCAAGGCAGGCAGCAGCUCUGCAGGGCUGGCUGUGGGGUUACCUGAGGGUGGGCUGCAAGGGCUCAAAGUCCCUGGAGGUCCCUUGCUGCUAAGGUGUCCCUUGACAGAACAGAGAGAAAAGUGACACCAGCUCUGGCCAAGGCCGAUUAGAAGCAGUUGUGCUGAGUUGAGAGCAGCCCAGAAGGCAGGCCAUGAGCAAAAGGGAGCUGGGAUGGAUGAAUGCCAUCAGAACUCCUUCCUGCAUCUCCACUAGAGGGCUGUGGGCUUGAGGGGGGAAUGUGCAGAGCAGGGCACAAAGCCUGGGUGCUGUCAGACCAGGUGGCACAAAUCAGUGCCCAGCAUGCUCAGUAUCAUAAGGUAAGUAACAUACUAAGCCUGUUUCCUCAGGUAUGAUCUGAUUCCUUAGCAGGAUGGAGCAUUUGCAAGUAGUUAGCAUGUACAAGGGGAGUGGAAAGGAAAAUGUUUGAAUUUUUCCUCCAAAACUGUAGGUUUAUGAAGUGGAGCAGUGCUCCAGUAGGGAGAUCUGUACCACAGUAAGCAAACAGCCCCUGCAGGAAACUCUGACCAUCAGUAGGAUGGGAUAGAGGGUAAACCUUAUCCCUACCUUGCUUUCCAGGCCUACUGGCUGAUCUCAGGUUGCAAAUACUGUCUUGAGGGGCUGGAUCAUGGCUUUUGAUGGAGAAUUAUCAGACCUGCUGUUGGAGAUAAGUGGUAAAGAUCAAUGAUAAAUUGCUGAAGAUGCACAUAAGAUGCUAGUAUGAAAUCAGAAAGAAUCCAGAGAGAUCCCUGUGGACUGGAAGUUGGGUGACACUAACCUGACUUUCAAGAAGGGCAAGAGGGAGGACCCUGGAAGUUACAGGCCUGUCAGUCUCAUUUCAGUGCCAGCGUCCUUCUGGGAAUGAAGAUGACACAUGAAACAGAUCCUGCUCAUCUGAAAUGUCUGAGUCCAGUUCUCUGUUAGAAUGAACUCCAUUUAUAGUUUUGAUGAUUUGCCAGUUCCCAAAAAGUGUUGAGUAACACCUGCUUGAUUACAA